UCGCAUCACAUCAUAUGCGAACGGAGGCGACGAGGGCACGGAUCCCUGCUUACACAGAUUGACUGGAGACACCAGCGCAUCUUGGCCAGCAGAAAACAAAGACGCGUUGACAGUGGAUACGCUACGAUGCCAGCGUAAUUUGCAUCAUUUUCAAGCGCUCGUUUGGUUGUGUGACAUAUCUGCAUUUUGAGACAUUUUCAUCAACUAGUUGCCGUGUCCAGCACUACCCGCUUCAAGUUUGUUUCUGCAGAAAAGCCAAACCAGGUCUAAGUGCACCCGGCUAUAGGUUACCUCUUUUCGGAGCCAGGUGCUGAAAUCUCCUCUUUUUUUUACGCCACUGUUUUCUCCGGAUCCAACAAGGGAGUGUUUCUUUCUCCACCAGUGACAUAACGCAGCCAGUAUUUAUUCUUUUCUGCGUUUUGUACGGUAAACCUUCAUUGCGCAUGCAAAGAAAUCCUUUGGUGACACGGAAUUGACAAGCGUCUCCACGCACAUUGACCGAAAGGAGCCCCAGGCGAAUGACAAGGGUAAUAAGUCGGCCAUUGCUUGGCCUGUAUUGCUGAAUUGUUGUGUGUGAGCACCUUUAACGGAGUUUUAACCCAGCCAAAGCGAUGGUACACUGCGCCGGGUGCGAAAGGCCUAUCUUGGACCGCUUUUUGCUCAAUGUGCUGGACCGAGCCUGGCACGUCAAGUGCGUCCAGUGCUGCGAGUGCAAAUGCAAUUUGACGGAGAAAUGUUUUUCUCGAGAUGGGAGACUGUACUGCAAAGAUGACUUCUUUGGGCGGUUCGGCACCAAGUGUGGAGGCUGUUCGCAGGGCAUCUCUCCAAAUGACUUGGUCCGGAGGGCUCAAAACAACGUGUUCCAUCUCAACUGCUUCACAUGCAUGAUGUGCAAUAAGCAGCUCUCGACUGGAGAAGAGCUCUACAUCAUAGAUGAAAGCAAAUUCGUUUGCAAAGACGAUUACAUGAGCAACGGCAUUGUAAAAGACACAAACCUCCUUUCAGUAACGGUGUGCAGCGACCCGAGUUUAUCCCCGGACUCACAAGACCCCCACCAGGACGACGUGGUUCUUAAGGAAACAGAGAUUGCUGCCCUCUCGGAUAAGGAAACUGUAAACAACGAGAACGACGACCAGAAUCUGGGUGGCAAGAGACGGGGCCCACGGACAACAAUAAAGGCUAAACAGCUGGAGACGCUGAAGGCAGCUUUUGCUGCGACACCCAAACCCACCAGACACAUCAGGGAGCAACUGGCACAGGAGACUGGCCUCAACAUGAGGGUUAUUCAGGUCUGGUUCCAGAAUCGCCGUUCCAAAGAGAGGCGUAUGAAGCAGUUGAGCGCACUGGGAGCCCGCAGGCAUGCGUUUUUCAGGAGUCCAAGGCGGAUGAGAACGCUGGUUGACCGCCUGGAACCAGGAGAGCUCAUCCCGAAUGGACCUUUCUCUUAUUAUGGAGGUGUGUUUGACUUUCACUCUAAGUGGAAUUCCCUCCUAUUUUUGCAAAUCCAAGAUAUUUAAUUGUUUUUCACACUGCCCUAUUAAUUACUAGGGGUGUAACGAUUCAUCGAUACACAUUGAUUAAUCGAUAUAAUGCUCUACGAUUUGUUGGCAUCGAUGCUAAACGUAAACAUGGAUCUAUAUCGCCCGUUUUUGACCUCGGACAUUAGACGCGACUUUAUUUUGAAAUCCGGUUCAUUGUUGCUUGCUUCCUCUUUCCGGGAGCAGUGCGGGGCAUGUUGUGUUGUGA